AGGGGCUUUGUGAAUGUAACGUGAGUCUCUCUUGAGGGUCCGUCAACUCGUGUUCCUUGGGGAAAAUAAAGCUCGUGUUACUUGGUGGUUUUGCCCAUGGAAACUUCACGCGACAUACUUUUUUAUUUUUAUAUCGUCCCACGGUCACAACAACCUCAGCAUUAUUUUAACAUUAAUGACGCGCGUGACAAAGUUUUGUUCUUGAAGCCCAUAGCAGGAUUUCACGCAGACUCGUCGGUGCAUACGGACACAGAGCACGUUAAUGACGGGAAAGAGCUGCGCUAUGGCCUCCGCCGUCCCGGUUUUUCUGUUAGUGUCUGCGGCUCUAUUCACCGUAACAGUCGCCAAUGGUGACUGUGAGGGCUUCUGGACCUACAAUGGCAUAUACAAGCCACCCAUUCACUGCAAGAAUAUGGCGUUCUGCUGUGGAACCUGUUCUUACCGAUAUUGUUGCUACAAUCCAAUGGAAAAAUAUACAGAAGAUGAAGAAAAAUAUUGUUUUGUUUAUACAGACAACAGUGGUACCACGGCUAUGGUUGUGGGCUCGGUGGUGGCAUCAGCGAUUGUAGGCUUCAUCAUUCUUCUCCUCACCAUCUGCUGCGUCUGUCCCUGCUGCUGUCUCUACAAAAAGUGCAGGAAACGUGAAUCUAUAAUGACAACAGCAACAACUACGGUCAUAACUUCCCGAAACCCACCAUACCAGCCUAUGCCCCUUCAGCAAGGGUACGGAGGUCAGCCGGCUUACGGAGGGCAGCCCAUGCCGACCGGACCGCAUCAGGGACAGCCGUAUGCAGUGGGACCACCACCCCCAUUUCAGGAAGCUGGAGGUCCAGGAUAUCCUGUUCCUUACAGCCAGGCAGCUUUUGAUCCCGGUCAGGUUUCUUAUCCCAUACAUCCUCCAGUUCAGCCUGGUUUUACUCAACCACCACCACCAACAGACUACAACUCAACUUAACCAGCGUACAACCCAGCCUACAUGCCACCACCAAAGACCGGUUACUAAACCACAAGCAUCUGUGACGUCAGUCUUCACCGGACUUCACUUCCACAAUCAAAUCUCGGAAGAAGCGCUCUCAUCCUUUCAAAAAGAUGUUUGGAUUAAAAAUACUGACUGAGUGCUUUUUUAACUCUUGUUUUUGACCAACAUCUCUUUUGUCGCACACGUCACGUAAAUGUAGUUUUCUCUACUCCCCCGCCAUUUGUAGCCACAAGCCAUAUAUUUAGCAACGUUUGGUUAUCGUUCGGUUUUUCUACAUUUAGCAAAAAGGGAAAUAUUUGUUUUUUUUUCAGCCACCGAAUUGAAAACACUCCUCGUUUGUUUCUUAAGUGCCUUAUAGUUUAUUUAUUUAUUUUUUGGGCCAUUUUUUGCAUUUACUAGAUAGAUAGUAGGGUAGGAGAGGACAGGAAAGUAUAGGGUGGAGAGAGGGGUACGGGAUCAGCAAAGGACCCCGAGCCGGAACUCCAACUCGGGUCGCCGAAAGUGCGUCUGCACCACAUGUCGGAGCACUUGCCCACUACACCAUUGGCUCCGACCUUAAGUGCCUUAUAGUUGAGGCACUCGCUUUAUGUUUUUUGCACAUUCUUGUCAGAAAAUGGACACUUUAUAAUUGUGCAUUCAAACGGUCAGGAAUAUAACGACAGCAUGCCGUUCAGCUUAACGUCAUUAAUCUGUGAAAGUCAUGUCAGACUUUAUAGUUUUAUGUACAGUCGAAGAUGCAGAAUAUGCCUUGUACGAAUGGACACGUUUAUCGCAGGGUUUAGUUGGUUUGCUAUUGUAAUAGUUGUGAUAUUUUCUGCCAUUGCAAGUGAAUUUUGUUAAUCACAGCAAUUAUGCUUUUGCGCAACUUGUAGCAGAUAAGGGACCCUGUUGUUUGCAAAAAACCUACUUCGUUUUUUUUUUUUUUUCGAAUGAGAGCGGCAGCUCAUUUUAGAAAUUUCUAGGGAUCCACCGAUAGGAUUUUUUUGGGCCGAUACCGAUUUAAACAGACAACUUCAGGCCGAUACAGAUGCCGUUAUUAAACACUUGUAUACAAUACUAAACAGUUGGUCUAUUAGCUAGUUUAUUUCUGCAUCAAAUUAUUUUUACUGAACAUGGAUUGGAUCUAAUUAAAAUUCAACUGACCAACAUAAUAAGAGAGGCACAAAUUAAGCUAAAACAAAUAUAAUAAGACAGCAUGACAACCUUCAAAGGUGGUUUUAGCUAUUUAGCAUUUAUUUUAUUAACAACAUUAACUCAAUUUUUUACAUAUAAUGGAUUUCUUUAUGCAGUUAAUUAAUAAACAAUCGGUAUCGGCCUUUCUCGUGCUAUUGCCGAUGGUUUCAAAUUCAUCAAAAAUCGGCCGAUUAAUAUCGGCGGCCGAUACAUCGGUGCACUGCAUCACUAAAAAUUUCCCCUGUUACUUCUUUACUUGAGGUUUUAAAUAGCAACAAGUUUUGAAUACAGGCAAACGAUCUAAUAAAUACAAAGCGAAAUUUUAAUGUUGUCCAACGCUUCUGUCUAUUCUAUGUCUUUCUUUCUAUAAAGAAAAAUCUUCCACUGA